AUCAUCUAUAUUUAUAUUAAGCACUUCCAAUACAAAUCUCUUAGUGGUCGAACAAAUGGCUCUCAAAAUGAACGCAGUGUUAGUGAUGGGGCUUGCCAUCUUGAGCCUUUUCUCAGUGGCUUCUGCUAUUUCUGGAACUGCCUCCUAUUACACUCAAUAUACUCCAUCGGCAUGCUAUGGAAAUCAAGAUGAAGGGACUAUGAUAGCUGCAGCAAGCGACCCAAUCUAUAACAAUGGAGCCGCAUGUGGAAAGAUGUACAAAGUUACCUGCACAAGUAGCACCAACAGUGUGCCGGCAUGCAAGGGAGGAAGCGUCACCGUCAAGAUUGUCGAUCGCUGCCCUUCACCGGGAUGCCGGGCAACCUUGGAUCUCUCUCAGGAAGCUUUCUCCACCAUUGCUAACACUGACGCAGGAAUAAUCAACAUUGACUACGUCCAGGUCUGAGGCUUCUGGAAGAGAAUGGUCGAGAAAAAUAAUUGUAGAUCAGAAUAAAUAAUAACGCGUACAUUAGUUAGAUGUACGAACUUGAUGCAAAAUAAAAGAGUUCAUUUUCCAUGGGCAAUGUAUGGACUAUUCUGUCCCUUACGUUUUAAUAAAAGUAUUAUUGUUAUUA